AUGGAUGCCGACCAACUUCAGAAACUCUUAAACAACAUUACCCAGUUAUUCGAACGAGCUACGACUGACAUCAUCAACGGCAGUAGGAAUGGCGUAGCAGAGGCAAAACCGGGACAUUCAUCGGGAGUCUCGCAUGCCGCAAAUGAAACCCAAAACAGAAUCCUAAAGGUGAGGAAUAAUCGUCAAGGCAAGACCCGGGAGAACGACAUAGCUACGAAACCAAUCAAGGAGGAACCAAAACAUACCUGUGCGGAGAUUCGAACAGCUAGCGAUGAAGAUACCAGAGUGCCAAGUGAGAGGGAGCAAGUGGAAGCACCCGAAGGCAACGAGAGGGACGCCAAGAUUGCGGAAGCUGGGAGCGAAUCGAGAGGUGACGGAAAGUCGGUGACCCCAGAUCAAAGGGUGGUAUGUCGCAAAAAGAAGGGAACAGAAGACGAUAACCCUGCGAAGACAAAGGAAGAAGUAAGGUUUGACCCUCAGGAUGAUAAGGACAAAAUAGUGACGGUGCCGGUCGAUGCCAUCACGACCGAGAAAUACAAAAAACCUAGUAGGAAGAAAUCUGACCCACGCAAAGCAAGAUCGGGUUGUCGCAAUGAUGAUAUCAUACUUGCUGAGCAAAAAACCCAUGAGGUUGAAUCAGAUCGUCUUAGCAGCCGUGAUAGCCCCACUGAUGGUGCCGAAAGCGAUAAUGACCGUGAUAGAGGACAUACCACGGAAAUCGCCACGGACUAUUGUGAUCAAGGAGGAGGAGACGACACCGCCGAAUGA